UUAAUUCUGUCUCAACUAAAAGCCUUGUUGACCCUGUGAUUUCGGGACAGGUGGGAAGGCCUGCUUCUCAAGCAAGAGAGUAGACUAAGAAAAGCGGCAGUGGUAAGACCUGGGUUCAAAUUCGACCACUCCCCUGUGGUGACGUAAGGAAGUCACUCCCUGUGUCUUAGAUUCUUCUGUAAAGUAGGGCUUUAUCUAUCUCAAAGAAUUGGAAUAAUUGGAUCUUGCUUUAACCUUAAAAGCGCAUAAAGCUGUGAGGUCAUAUUGUUUCUUUCUAUCCCGAAUCCCAAGGCCGGAGUCCCUCCGUGGGAGAUGGGGGAGGGGACAGUACAAAACCUAAUGCGCACAUCUAUUCCCCACAGCUGCCUUAAGGGCCCUGUCCCUGCUGAAGGCGUCCUGGGCCCUUCAAAGCAGACCAAGGACAGGGGACUGCCGAGUCCUGCGGCGCCCGAAUGCUGAAAAAGGAUCGAGCCCCGUCAGCUCCGAAUCCUAGACCUGGGCCCGAUCUAGGCUGGGAGGAAGGUGGGCCCCUGACCCCCUAGAUUUUGCCCCCGCGAUGCGCAGGGCAAGGGGCGGUGUUGGGGCUGCCCCCUAGUGCCCCAGGCUGAACGUCGGGGCUGGGGGGACAGGGGUGGGGCAAGGUAUGUGCGGGGGGAGGAGUGGAGGAUGCAUUGCCUCGUAGUCGGCCCGGCGGGCUCUCCCCAGCCCCGGAGCAGGAAGCGACCUUCUCUUGGCACAGCCCCCAGGGCGGGGUAGCGGCAGGUGUAGCUCCGCUCGGGGCACUACCGGCUGACACCCAGGUCAGGACCCCUCUGAAGCGUUCCAGGAUCCUGAGGAUGGCGCUCACAGGGGCCUUGGAGGCACCAUCCGAGGGAGAGCCGGACCAUGAGAAGCCAUUUUUGCUGAGGGCGAUGCAGAUCGCCCUGGUGGUGACUCUUUACUGGGUCAUCUCCAUCUCCAUGGUCUUCCUGAACAAAUACCUGCUGGACAGUCCCUCCCUCCGCCUGGAUGCGCCCCUCUUUGUCACCUUCUACCAGUGCCUGGUGACUGUCCUGCUCUGCAAGGCCCUCAGCCUGCUGGCCACCUGCUGGCCGGGCACCGUGGACUUCCCCUCUGUGCGGAUGGACAUGAAGGUCUCCCGGAGCAUCCUGCCCCUGUCCGUGGUAUUCAUUAGCAUGAUCACCUUCAACAACCUCUGUCUCAAGUACGUUGGAGUGGCCUUCUACAAUGUGGGCCGCUCACUCACCACCGUCUUCAACGUCUUACUUUCCUACCUGCUGCUCAAGCAAACCACCUCCUUCUAUGCCCUGCUUACCUGUGGCAUCAUCAUUGGUGGCUUCUGGCUUGGUGUGGACCAGGAGGGAGAAGAAGGCACCCUGUCGUGGGUGGGCACCCUGUUUGGGGUGCUGGCCAGCCUCUGUGUCUCCCUCAAUGCCAUCUACACCAAGAAGGUGCUGCCGGCAGUGGACGGCAGCAUUUGGCGGCUGACCUUCUAUAACAACGUCAACGCCUGCAUCCUCUUCCUUCCCCUGCUGCUACUCUUUGGGGAGCUGCAGACCCUGGCCGUCUUCGACAAGCUGGGCAGCGCCCACUUCUGGGGCAUGAUGACCCUGGGUGGGCUCUUCGGCUUCGCCAUCGGCUACGUGACAGGCCUGCAGAUCAAGUUCACCAGCCCCCUGACCCACAAUGUGUCAGGCACGGCCAAGGCCUGUGCCCAGACGGUCCUGGCAGUCCUCUACUUUGAGGAGACCAAAAGCUUCCUGUGGUGGACAAGCAACAUGAUGGUGCUGGGUGGCUCCUCGGCCUACACGUGGGUGAAAGGGCUAGAGAUGAAGAAAGCCCAGGAGGAACUGAUCCCUAAAGAGAGCGAGAAGGGCGAGAUGGGCGUGUGAGCCCUCCCUGCCCUGGUCAGACAGCUUGGGAUGAGGCUGGGGGGUCAGAGGGCAGGAAGGAACUCUCUGGGGGUGGGGGGGACAGCAGAGCAUAUGAAGGCGGACAGAUGUGGUCUGUGGGGGCAAGAUCUUUACGUGGGGCACCCAGAGAGAGUGGCUGCCACAAUGAAGGAAUCCGGAGGCUGGUCCGGAGCUCUUGUGUCAGC